ACGACUUCCAGAGUCAACUAAAAAGCCAUUUUAUUAGAAAAAGCUCUUGGUUCUCUGUAUUUGGACCAAUGCUUAGGCAACAUUGUUCUAUCUGUGGCUUGUGAGAACAAAGAAGUUACCAGUGACUUCCCGGGGUGGUAAUCCAACAAUGCGAGCUUCAACAGUUCUACUCUGUGGUGUUGUUCUGAUUCAGGUGUUUGCGGCUCAAAUCGAUGCUAAAAGUUCAAGAAGUCCAUGGCAGACACUCAGUGGUGAUGCUCCUCUAGUGAUUGCUCGUGGUGGGUUUUCAGGAUUGUUCCCAGAUUCGAGUAGUGUUGCUUACAAGUUUGCAAAGCAGACAAGUGUAGCCGGUACUGUUCUAUGGUGUGAUGUUCAGCUAACCAAAGAUGGACAUGGGAUUUGCUUCCCUGAUUUAAAAUUGAACAAUGCUUCAAAUAUUGGAGAUCUUUUCCCAAAUCGCCAAAACUUUUACCCGGUUAAUGGAGUCACUAGUCAGGGUUGGUUCACCAUUGAUUUCUCCCUGAGAGAUCUCAAGAAUGCUUCUUUGAUCCGAGGAAUAUUUUCCAGAUCAGAAAAAUUCGACGGAAAUGGAUACUCGAUUUUAACGGUUCAAGAUGUAUCCAUGCAGAUAAAACCAGAAAGUUUUUGGUUAAAUAUUCAGCACGAUGCAUUCUAUGCUCAACAUAAUCUGAGCAUAAGCAGUUUUCUGAUAUCAGCUUCAAGAACUGUUUCCAUUGACUACAUCUCUUCCCCUAAACUGAAUUUCUUUAGCAAAGUUAAGGGCCGUUUCUGGCGUAAUGAACCAAGUUUUGUGUUCCAGUUUCUUGGGAAAGAAGAAUUCGAGCCGACAACAAAGCGAACAUAUGGUUCUAUCUUAAGUAACCUAACUUAUGUCAAGACGUUUGCUUCAGGAAUUCUUGUUCCCAAAUCGUACAUAUUGCCACUAGAUGACAAGCAGUACUUGCUACCUCCUACCUUCUUAGUUCAAGAUGCUCACAAAGCAGGAUUACAACUAUAUGUGUCAGGUUUUGCAAAUGAUGUUGAUAUUGCAUAUAACUACAGUUUCGAUCCAGUGUCUGAGUAUCUAUCAUUUGUGGAUAAUGGCUAUUUUUCUGUGGAUGGUGUGCUCUCUGAUUUUCCCAUAACUGCAUCUGCAUCCAUUGAUUGCUUCUCCCACAUUGGCAGAAACGCUAGAAAACAGAUGGAUUUUCUUGUUAUAACUAAAAAUGGUGCGAGUGGGGACUAUCCUGGAUGUACAGACUUGGCAUAUGAGAAGGCAAUCGAAGAUGGUGCUGACGUUAUCGAUUGCUCAGUCAAAAUGUCAAGCGAUGGUAAACCCUUUUGCUCAAGUUCGAUAGAUCUCACGCAAAGCACAAUGGUCAUCCAAAGUCCUUUUAGAAAUCGUUCAACAAUUAUUCCUGAUAUUAGUUCAGAUCCUGGAAUAUACACUUUUAAUCUCACAUGGCCUGAGAUCCAGAGUUUGACUCCUGCGAUUAUGAACCCAUACAGGUCAUACAAUAUGUUCAGGAAUCCAAAUGAGAAAAAUUCUGGGAGGAUUAUCUCGCUCUCUGAAUUCCUACACUUGGCAAAUAAAUCCACUUCUAUCUAUGGUGUUUUGAUCAGUGUAGAGUAUGUAGUGUACCUGAGAGAGAAGCAAGGGCUCGACGUGGUUAAAGCGGUUCUCGAUACACUCACGGAAACCGGCUACAGCAACGGAACAAGCACAACGAAGGUCAUGAUUCAGUCAACGCACAGCUCGGUUCUUGUUGACUUCAAGAAGAAGAGCAAGUACGAGACUGUCUACAAAGUUGAAGAAACCAUUCGUGAUAUUAGUGACUCCGCUAUUGAAGACAUAAAGAAAUUCGCUAAUGCUGUUGUCAUUGGAAAAUCAUCAGUCUUUCCAGAUGUCGGAUCAUUUGUUACUGGGCAAACAAAUGUUGUGGAGAGGCUUCGGAAGUCUAAACUUCCGGUUUAUGUGGAACUGUUUCAGAAUGAGUUUGUAUCCCAACCAUAUGACUUUUGUUCUGAUGCAACUGUUGAGAUAAACACAUAUAUCACUGGAGCCGGUAUCAAUGGAACCAUCACCGAGUUCCCUCUCACAGCUUCAAGAUACAAAAGGAACCAAUGUUUGGGCAGAAAAGAAACUCCAUCUUACAUGUCCCCUAUUAAACCCGGUAUCCUCUUAAGCCUUGCGAAUCCUAGGUCCUUACCUCCAGCAGAAGCUCCGUACCCGGUUUUCACAGAAGAUGAUGUCACGGAGUCUCCACAACCUCCGGGUACAGAAAAAUCCCCAUCCUCGUCAACCAAUGCACAAACACAUAGGCCUAGCGGACAAACUCGACUCACUCUAUCUCUUCGCCUCUCUGUUUUUGCUUCCCUUCUACUUCUGUAAUCAACCUUUGAUAUCAUCUCCUCUCUGUUCAUAAUGUCUUUUUCCUUCGUAGCCUUUGGCAAACUCGCAAGUCUUUGAGGCUGCCCUUCUGUUUGUUUGUAGUGCCAACUUCUUGGUGUGUAACGAUAAUCUUAUAGUCUUGCAUUUUGUCUUGUA